AAGAAAGAAUAAGAAUGGAUCCUUCAAUUGAAUGCAGAACUGGCAAUUUUUAGGGUUAUUUGAAGAUUUAUGGUUUGAUUAUCUAUGGAAAUGCCUGGGAGACGAUCGAACUACGUGUUACUGAGCCAAUACCCUGAAGAAGAGCAACUACAACCACAGCAGCAGCAGCAACAGUCAUCGAAAUUCUCUGUUGCAGCUUCAGGGCCAUUUUACGAGAGUCUCUCUGGGGAGAAGAAUAAAGGGAAAACAGAUAGGGUUUUCGAUUGGGAUGGAGAUCAUCGUUUACAACAAGGUGGGGGACGGAUGGGAAAUUUGUUCCCAUCGGUUGGAUUGCAGAGGCAAUCGAGUGGGAGUAGCUUUGGAGAGAGCUCCUUGUCUGGGGAGUACUAUCACCCGACGAUAUCGAUGCCGGCGAAUGAUUCUGAGAUCUUUAGUCAUUCUCAAGAUGAUGGGUUUAAGGCUGGUGGGUUAGAAUUGAGGGGGAAAGCGAUUAAUGCGGUGGGGUCUUCGUCGUCCAGGAGUUGGGCACAGCAGACUGAAGAGAGUUACCAAUUCCAGCUUGCCUUGGCCCUACGUCUUUCGUCGGAGGCUACUUGUGCUGACGAUCCUAAUUUCCUGGAUCCUGUUCCUAAUGAAUUGCCUAGCAGGUCGUCGUCAUCUUCUGCUGAGUCCAUGUCUCAUCGAUUCUGGGUGAAUGGCUGCCUGUCUUACUUUGACAAGAUUCCAGAUUGUUUUUAUUUGAUCCGUGGAAUGGAUCCAUUUGUAUGGACUCUAUGCACUGAUCUGCAAGAAAAUGGUCGGUUCCCAUCAAUUGAAUUACUUAGGGCUGUUGAUCCUAAUAAUGAUUUGUCAAUUGAAGUGGUUUUGAUUGACAAACACAGUGAUCCUGGUUUGAAGGAGUUACUUAAUAGGGUACUUAGCAUCUCUAGUAGUUGCAUUACCCCUAAUGAAGUGGUUGAUCAACUUGCAAAGCUCGUCUGCAAUCACAUGGGGGGUGCAGCUUCUUCUGGAGAAGAUGACUUGCUUUCCCACUGGAAGGAUUGCAGUGACGUUCUGAAGAAUUGCUUAGGCUCUAUUGUGCUUCCAAUGGGGAGUCUGUCGGUUGGCUUUUGCAGGCAACGUGCUCUGCUAUUCAAGGUGUUGGCGGACACUAUUAAUUUACCAUGCCGAAUUGCUAAGGGCUGCAAAUAUUGUCAAAGAGAUGAUGCUUCCUCCUGUCUUGUGCGGUUUGAUCUUGAUAGGGAGUAUUUGGUUGAUUUGAUUGAGAAGCCGGGAUGCUUGUGCGAGCCUGAUUCCUUGCUCAAUGGUCCAUCUACCAUCACAAUACCAUCGCCACUGCGUCUUCCAAAAUUCAAACCAGUUGGAACUACUGAGGAUUUCAGGACAUUGGCGAGACAGUACUUCUCAGACUGCCAAUCACUUAAUCUUGUAUUUGUCGAUGCCUCUGCAGAUUCUGCAAUUAAUCAUGAAGAUGCUGUCGAGUCAGAAUUCCAAAAACAUUUUGACAGGCAAAACACAGAUGGCAACGUUUCGCUGCACACAAAUGACAAUGAUGAGAGUUUUUUGUCACCUCACCCCGAAACAGCUGCUUGGCAGGAUGCCCGAUAUAGAGAUUGUCCAUCCCAAAAUUCAUGCAAACCCUCUCAGAAUGUCAUAAUUUCAGAACAUUUUGUCGGAGAUCCUGUCCAAAUCGCACCUAAUGGGCAUAGAGACGUCCAAUGGGCUGAUACUACUAAAAAUUUAAGAUUCAGCGAGGGAAGUCAACUGGUACCUAGUAAACCAAGUAGUGAACUUUUUCUUGAUGUUGAAGGUUUGGACAUUCCUUGGAGUGAUCUUGUUUUGAAGGAAAAAAUCGGAGCAGGUUCUUUUGGAACUGUCCAUCGUGCUGAUUGGAAUGGUUCGGAUGUUGCUGUGAAGAUUCUUAUGGAACAAGAUUUUCUUGCAGAACGAUUCAAGGAAUUCUUGAGGGAGGUUCUACUAAUGAAACGCCUACGACAUCCAAACAUCGUUCUUUUCAUGGGUGCUGUCACUCAGCCUCCAAACCUGUCCAUAGUCACAGAAUAUUUAUCAAGGGGCAGUUUGUACAGGCUGUUGCAUAAACCAGGUGCAAGAGAAGUCUUGGAUGAAAGGCGCCGGUUAAAUAUGGCAUAUGAUGUGGCAAAGGGAAUGAAUUAUCUUCACCGCCAUAAUCCACCCAUUGUUCAUAGAGAUUUGAAGUCUCCAAAUCUAUUAGUGGACAGAAAAUAUACUGUAAAGGUAUGCGAUUUUGGCCUUUCCCGUUUGAAGGCAAAUACAUUUCUCUCAUCUAAAUCAGCGGCUGGAACACCUGAGUGGAUGGCCCCUGAAGUUCUCCGUGAUGAGCCAUCAAAUGAGAAGUCAGAUGUUUACAGUUUUGGAGUAAUCUUGUGGGAACUUGUGACACUGCAACAACCUUGGGGUAACUUAAAUCCAGCUCAGGUGGUGGCAGCUGUUGGUUUUAAGCGCAAGAGGCUUGAAAUUCCAAGCAAUGUAAAUCAUCAGGUGGCUACCUUAAUUGAGGCUUGCUGGGCUAAUGAGCCAUGGAAGCGUCCUCCUUUUUCUAGUAUCAUGGAAUCUCUAAAGGCAUUGGUCAAACUUCCAACGCCUUCACCAGUUCAUGCCGACAUGCCGCAAAUUACCUGAAGGGGUGGUGUACUUGCAAGUAGAACUCAUGAAUGGACUUCUGGUAUCUUAUUGAUGAUCCAGUGUUUUGCAGGAGUCCAUGUUGGAUUCCUUCAGGUAAGACAGUUUGAGGACUAUUUACUGGUUAAAAAUUUGAGACUCCAUACUCCUAUA